AUGGGUAGAAUAGUGAUCGAACUAUUCGUUAACCAGGCGGUGAAUGCGACGGACAACUUCUUACAGUUAUGCAAAUCCAAGUCAUACAAAAAAACAUAUUUCCAUCGAGUGAUCUGCAAUUUCAUGGUACAAGGAGGUAAUAACGAGGUCAAGAGCCCGAUAACCGAAAGUGCCUACCCCUAUGAUGGGGAGAAGAAGUUGGCUAAGGGUGGUCACUCUAUAUUCAAAUCCAACGAGAAUAGCUAUGGAGAUUUUAAAGAUGAGAACUUGGGUAAUUUGGACAAUUCAUUUCUCGUCUGUAUGGCAAAUUUGGGAAGACCAAAUACCAACAGAUCGCAGUUCUUUAUCACCACUGCUAGUGCUAGUCAUUUGAACGGUAAGCAUACCAUUGUGGGAAAAGUUACUCAUGGUAAGAGUGUUGUAAGGGCUAUAGAGCAUGUUGAGGUGUAUUCUACGGACCCAGAAGAUGCUCGGGGUUGGAUUCCCAAAGAUCCAGUGGUGGUGGCAGAUUGUGGUGUUUGGAACAAGGAUAAAGAUGACACUCCGGUUUACUGCUGUUGUGAGGAUAGUCUUGGAGGAGAUGUGUUUGAAGAAUACCCAGAUGAUAAUGAGAGGCUAGAAGAGAUGAAUCUCAGUUUGGACAACCCGGAACAGGCCUACAGCAUCUGUCUUGUGAUCAAAAAGUCGGCGACGAUGCUAUUGCAGCACAAGAGAUAUCAGGACAGUUUGUACAAGUACAAGAAAGCGAUGAGGUAUUGCAACGAGCUUUUACCUGACGAGGAGAAGCAUAAAGAGGAUUAUGACAAGUUUCUUGAUUUAAAAAAGACGUUGUAUCUCAAUUUGGCAUUUGUUUCGUUACAAUUGCUAGAGUACCAGAAGUGUAUCGAUUAUUGUGGGUAUCUAUUUGAGUUCAUUAACGAUAAUAAAGGGGUUAAGUUGACAUCGAUUCAGGUGAGCAAGGCAUUUUUCCGCUUGGGUAAAGCAUUCGAGGGAUUGAAGAGGUAUACGGAAGCAUUGGAUGCUCUCAAGAAUGGUCUAGCGGUGAAUAUAGAAGAUGCCGGAAUUAAAGCAGAGGUUGUCAAAGUGAAGAAGUUAAAGUUUGAGUCUGAGAAGGGUGAACGUAUGAGAUAUGCCAGGUUCUUUAACUAA